AUGGACUGCUUAAGAACGAAGAAACUCUCCGAGCUGUAUAAGGCGGCCGAUAAAGUUUCGAAGGCCUUCUAUCCGUUCGGUAUCCCGUUCAGGUCUCCAUCUUAUGAGCAGCCAGCCAUUCCCACUAUUCUUGGUGUAUUCAAGCAGCUGCCGAAAGAUUAUCCAACGGAUGCUAAUUUUGACGAAAAAUAUCAGUAUAUCGAUUUCAAGAGGUUUCUUGCCGGACUACUACCUGACACGCAAUUCCGAAACGCUCCUCUUCUACGAAGGCAAAUUCUCCAUCAGUACAUCUACACGCAAGGAGACAAGAAGAACACCUACUUUUUGUUCGAGCAAAUGAGAAAAAUUCUGCUGGAUCGUGAUUUCAUUGCGCCCACUCAACAACUUGUCGCUGAACUCAAACACCUUUCAGUGAACAUUAAACAAAAGAAGAGUCCUGUCUACUUGCUCGAAUACGGCAUCGACAAUCCACCUACCUCGUGUUUGCAAGACGGCGGAUGGGACGACAUCAAGCCAUUCUGCGACAAAAUGUUUCAGUACUUCACACGAUUUGCUACGAAAGGGGAACCAACGAAAAACAGCUGUGAGAAAACGAACCCAACUUGGCCGGCCAUGGGAUCCACCAAACGGGACUAUCACGUCAUACUGAAGUUGCAUCGUCGAGUGGAGAGUCCUGCUGACGGAACCAUUGAAUGGGAAUGGAACUUUCACUUGGCCAGCACACAGCUAUGGAAUAACUUUCUCCUGGCCCUGGAUACAUUGGAACUGAAAGGGAGACGAGACGCUGUGUUCAAAGAAGAAACUCAACUUGACCCUCAUGAAGUUGAAGACGAUAUCCAGGUCUUGCCUUAUUUUUGA